AUGGCCGAUCGAGUUUCAAGAGUUGUCCGUCAGAGUAAAUUCAGGCAUGUUUUUGGUCAGGCUUUAAAAAAGGAUCAGUGUUUUGAUAAUAUUAGAAUCACUAAAAGUUCCUGGGACUCCACUUUCUGCUCUGUAAAUCCUAAGUAUCUGGCCGUCAUUACCGAAGCAGCUGGCGGGGGUGCCUUCCUCGUUUUACCUCUUGAUAAAGUAGGCAGAGUUGAUAGAGAAGCCCCACUGGUUGUCGGCCACAAGGCUGCAGUCUUGGAUUUACAAUGGUGUCCCCACGAUGAUUCAAUCAUUGCCAGUGGCUCAGAGGACUGCACUGUCAAAAUUUGGCAAAUUCCAGAAGGAGGACUGACGGCCAACAUGGAGGAGCCGAUCGUCGAUUUGGUGGCCCACCAGAGGCGUGUUGGUCUUGUAGUUUGGCAUCCAACUGCUCAGAACAUCUUGCUCUCCGGAGGAUCUGAUAACAAGGUAUACAUAUGGAACAUUGGGACUGGUGAUAUAGUCAGUGAAACUAGCUUUCCUGAGGUGCCACUUAGCGCAUUCUGGAGUUGGGAUGGUGGGAAAUACGUGGCCUCGUGCAAGGAUAAGAAAGUCAGGAUUGUUGAUCCAAGAACUGGGAAUGUUCUGAAGGAGAAUGUUUGCCACGAAGGUACCAAGCCGACCCAAGUGGCUUACCUCAAAAAUAACACCAUACUCACUACUGGAUUUUCAAAGAUGAGUGAAAGACAGUGCUCACUAUGGGAUGAGAACCUGAAGAACAUAACCACUCUGGAGAUUGACACUAGCAAUGGAGUGAUGUUCAUUUUCUAUGACCCUGACACAUCUAUGGUCUACAUUUGUGGAAAGGGUGACACGAUGAUCAGGUACUUCGAGAUCACCGAAGACGCCCCAUACAUCCACUACCUUAAUAUGUAUCAGUCCCCGGACCCACAGCGUGGCAUAACCUGCAUGCCCAAGAGAGGGAUUAAUGUUAAUAUAUGCGAGAUAGCCAGAUUCUACAAGUUGCAUACUAAAGGAUUGUGUGAGGUCAUUCCUAUGACUGUACCAAGAAAAUCCGAAUUGUUUCAAGAUGACCUUUACCCGGACACACCUGGAGAUAUUCCCGCCCUCACAGCUGAUGAAUGGCUGGCUGGCAAGAAUGCCCCACCCGUCAUGGUGUCACUGAAGGAUGGAUACGUUUCCACGAGAAAGACUGGAUUCGUCGGGCAGGUCGGUUUUAUCAACUAG